UAUUUUGAAAGAAAAGAAACCGGAAAUUGACUUGCUGUUUAACGUGGCUACCUUGACAGCUAACUAGCGUUAGCAGCAUAGUUGGCUUCCCUCAAAAAGGAUUUCACCCUGAGUAUAUUCACAAACUAAUGAUGCAGAAUCACUGCGCCGUGCCGAGCUGUACCAGCGGCAGAUCCGACUCUCAGCCACUCUUCAGGUUUCCGUAUGAUCCAGAGAGGUCCAAGAAGUGGGUUGAAAAAUGCCAGAGGCAAGAUCUCCUGGACAAAUCCCCAGACCAGCUGUACAGAUACUACAGACUUUGUGGGAAACAUUUUGAAACAUCUGCGGUUGAUAGUGAGGCUCAGAGUACAGUGUUGAAGGACGAUGCCAUACCAACUAUCUUUGAUGCACCAAGCCAAUCUCAAAACGGGCAGGGGAAGCGCGGUAAAGAGACGACCAAAGAUGAUGACAAGGACAGUAAAGGGAGAAAGAAAAUCAAAAAGUCUCCAGCAGAGACGGCUAAGAAAGAUGACCAGACACUCCCAGAGGAAGAAGAGUACAAGGUGUAUCUGAAGUCAUUAUUUGAAGUUCUUGUACUGUUGGGAGAGCAAAGCAUUCCUCCGACAGGACCUGGUGAUGGUAAACAGGAUGGGUCGAGCAACUUUCAGGCGUUGUUAGAAUAUCGCAUGAAUUGUGGAGAUGAAGCCUUUAAGAAGCGGUACGACGUGAAUAAGGAGUGCUGCUCCUCAGCUCAGCUGAAUCAGUUGAUUGAGGUGUGCGAGAAAUGCAUCCACAGUAAGCUGGUGGAGGAAGUUCAGCAAAACGGCUUUUUCUCAUUGCUUACCGAUGACUUGGUGAAGAUCUCAGGAGAAUGGUACGUCCCCGUCUUUCUCCGUUAUGUGGACCAGUCUAACUGCCAGCAGGAGAGGUUUUUUGGAUUCUUGUCCUUUGAAGGAGACGGAGACGCCUUAGCAGAGAAACUGCUGUCUGAAAUAACCGACAAAUGGGGCUUGGAUAUGGAACAGUGUAGAGGCCAAGCCCACUCCUGCUCUGGGACACAUUUUAGUAAAAUAAAAACAUUCACUGCCAAACUGAUGGAGAGGUAUCCAAUGGCGGUGCCUACACUAAGAUCUACUCGUACGUUGAACCUGUCAUUGGCAAAUGGUAUGGCUUUGUCAGGGGUUCAGCUUGUCAUGUCGACCUUUAAGAGGAUCGAGUCAUUCUUCAGUCAGUCCCCUUUACUGCAGUUGGAGUUGGAGCACGCCAUUAUGAUUUUCUACCCGGACAAAGAGGAGAAGGCCAAGGAGCUGAAGGAGAUCUGUGGAAGCAGCUGGACCACGCGAAAUGACGCGUUUGAGGUGGCGGUGGAAAUCCUAGAGGCGUUACUACUCUGUGUGGACAGCGUUCACGACAACGAGGACAUGAGGUGGAGCGAUCAAGUCACACACAGCGCCCUAGAGAUUUCAAAAGCACUAGCUGAUUUUGAGUUUGUCAUGGCGCUGGUGGUGCUGAAAAACGCCCUGACACUGACGCAAGCGUUUGGGAAGAACGUGCAAGGGGAAGCAACAGAUGCCCACUUUGCUGCAGUCAGUUUAAAAGCUGUAUUGCACUCCCUGAAGGAAGUGUCUGAUAACAUCGAUGUGUACCAUGAGUUCUGGAACGAUGAGGCCAUCACUCUAGCCACCGCGAUGGAGAUCCCGGUCAAGGUUCCUCGGUCAUUCUUGAGAAAGCACCAGUCAGAAUCAGGAGCCAUACGCCCGGAGAGUCACUACAAGGAGCACCUGUCUGUUCCCGUGGUGGAGCAUGUCAUCAAAGAAAUGAAUGAUCUCUUCUGCGAGGACCACCUGAAGGCCCUGAGAUGUCUGUCGCUGGUCCCUGCUGUCAUAGAGCAGAACAAGUCUACUAAACCAGAGGAAGAGAAUGUGCAGGUGUUCAAAAACGACAUCCCUAACGCAGGAACCCUCUCCGCCGAGCUGCACUGCUGGUGGGUUAAAUGGAGCAAAAAGGGCAAAGGCGAGACUUUCCCGUCCAAUCUCCACGAAACACUACAGCUGGCCGAUGUCAAGUUUUUCCCAAACAUGCUCGCGGUUCUGAGGCUGAUCGGCAUCCUGCCCACAUUGGCUCUGGAGGACAGCUGCGAUGUAGCGUACAAGCGCUUCCAGAUGUACAUGGAGAACACGCCUGACAAAUUCAAAUCAAAAAGUCUUGCUCUAUUGAACAUGAACUAUGAUGUUGGGUUUGAUCUGGACUCGAUGGUUGAGGUCUACAUGAAGACAUACCCUGACAGGGAGAAUGUGUCUUAGUCACUCAGUUGUGAUGUGGUAGUUAAGCCUCCGGACUUGGGCUGUCAAAGAUAAUGCAAUAAUAACGCUUUAACGCAAAUUUGUUUUGACGCCAUUAUCUUUUUUUAACGCAACUUGCGAUUUUUAGGUUGUAGCUUUUUUUUAACUUUUUGGAUUUUUGGCG